AACCCGACCUGCUCCUGCCCAAACCAAACCAUUCGUCUGCGUCCCCCACCCCCCCACGUUGAUGUAGACGACGUGAUAAGGGAAGGAGGAAGUGUGCCGCCUCAUUGUGCCGCAUAAAAUUGUACGCUACGUCGUACGAUUGACACAAGGAAACUUGGAAUAGCUUUUCAUAGGCACGACGAGGACACCUAAAGAAUCUAACGGUGAACGCCCAUCGUUUCCGCCGUUUUAGCAAAAAGACGGGCGCGGACGCCGGACGGUGUGUGACGAUCUAGAGAGACGUCGUUUUUGCUCAGUCUUCUGUGGAUUUCCUGUCAGUCCUGAACUGAUCCGUGAACAUGGAGGGACGUUCUGCUGUUUGGCUCCUGGCUGCUCUGCUGCUGCUGGAGGCUCUGAUCUCUGCUGAAGCCCAGAACACACUGAAGUACCUGGAGGUUGGAGGUAAGCUGGUCCUCAGGCCUGAACCCGUCUCCGGCAGCAUCACCAGCAUCACAUGGAAACUCAAAGGCGGUAUCGUGGGUGAAUGGAACAAAGAAACGCUGCCCUUGGAGUUUUCCCUUGCGUUUAAGGACCGUGCCAGUGUGGACACGACCACGGGAGUGUUGGAGAUCAGCAACAUGAUGAAGACCGACAGUGGACUGUACACGGUGGAGAUCAACGACAGGGUUCAGGAGGGAGGUUAUGAUGUUGAAGUGAUCAAACAGGUGCCCGAGCCUGAGGCGUUUAUGAGACCUCCUACAUGUACCCAGAGCUCGGAGAGUUGUUUCCUGAGCUGUGAUGGAGACAUUACAGAGGCUGGACCGGUCACUUUUUAUUUUAAGAAGGGAGGCAGAGGUUGGGAGGAGGGAGAACAGAACAUUAAAAUCAUCAAUGAUGAGGACACACGGGCAGUUGCAAUGUUCUCCUGCCGGAUGAAGAACCCACUUGGUGAGAAAGACAGUGAACCUGUGGACAAUCUGUUGUACGUGGGAUCCAACACUGGGAAGAUUGUGGGUGGUGUUGUUGGAGGUCUCCUCAUUGUUCUUUGUGUUGCUGCUGCUGUUGUGUUCUACCUGAAGAAAGGGCGAGGUGGCAACAAAACUCUUAACACACCAGCAGCUUCUCCUGAAGAGAAUGGAGCUAAGCCAGAGGAAAGACCACUCAAUGACAGGCACCCUGAUUCCAAAGAAGAUGUAUGAAGCUGUGAAGCUCCAUAGAAAACCCCAUCAGAGCUUCCUGUUGCUAGUUUGGGUUUGUUGUUUCAGCAUCCUGCCUUGUGCCUUCCAAAAAGAAUGAACCCGUUGGGGAAGAAAAGUAUGAUUGUUUUUCUUUUCUUUAUGUAAUCCUGUUCACAGGUUGUUUCCCCUUCAUGAGUCAAACAUUAGGUAAAAUGUGACACGACGACUCCACAGAUGGAUGCAGGAUUUUAAAUCCAGCGUUUCUCUUCACAGUAUUACAGAGGUGGAUCAGGCAUUCAGAUAGUUUUACUUAAACAAAAUAAUCAGCAACACAGUGUGGAAGUACGCUGUUACAAGUAAAAGUUCUGCAUUUUAAAUCUUUUACUUAAAGCAUACGCAUCAAAAUAAAAUGCCAAAAGUACUUAUUUUGCAAAUGAUCCUAUUUUCAGUCGUGCAUCACAGGUGUUCAUGGAGAGAAUGUGUCGGUUUAUUGCCAUAUUUCAGUGAGAUUGGUUCUUUUUUUCACUCAGAAAAAUUAGAACAUAGGAAGAUGAUGCAUUUUUUUUUUUUUUGCUGCAAUCUGUCUUAAUCAUGAAUGUCCUCUUAUGUCUGGAGGGAAUGAUUUGUAACAUCACAGCACUUUAUUAGUAAUAUAUGAGGUGACACACUUUAAAUUCAACAAAAGAUUUGCAGCUGCUGUGAUUCUGAUCUCUCAUUUGGCAACAUUGCAGUAAUUUGGUUCAUAUUUUGACUAAUUCUUCAUCUCUAAUGUACAUCACAUUAUUUGUUUAUAAUCACUUUAAGGUGGAGCUGAUUUUGGUGACUUCAUAAACUGCUGGUUUGCUUUUAAUUUUCUACAAAGCCUUAAUAUAGAAAUAAUAAUUUUAUUUCUACAUUCUAUUUGAUCUUAUUUUUCUGAAUCAUGACGAAGGGAAAACACAGAUAUUCAGGGCUGCAAACCAACAGUUAUGUAAAUUGUCUGGUUGAAUCUGAGGAAUAUGUAGUUGUUCUUUGCUUCUCUAAUAACGUAUAAUUUGUACUGUGCUGUGUUGCUUUCUGAUACUGCAGCAUUUGGACGAUCCCAUUCAAUCCAGGAGAUGCACUCAGAGUGGGAACUAUGAAACUGCUGUUUAGUUUCUUGUCAUGAUGCCAAACAGGAAUGUUCCCUUGGAGGUGUUUCUAUAGAAUCACAGCACUUCAUUAGUAAUAGAUUGUGGUAACAAAUGUUAAAUUCAACAAAAGACUGCAGCUCCUGCGAUUUUUCUAUUUAAUUUGACAAUACUGCAAUUGUUUGGUUAAUAUUUUGAGUAAUUCUUCACCUCUAAUAGUCACAUCUUUUUUUUUUUUAGAAUUAUUGAUGCGUCACUUUAAAGUGGAGCUGAUUUAGUUUUUCAUUUUCUACAAAGCUUUAAUAUACAAGUAAUAUUUGGAGUUUAAGAUUGCAUUUAGCCUUGUUUGUCUGAAUCUGGAAAGAGUGAAAAGAUGCAUAUUAAGGGCUGCAAACCAACAGAUACUUUAAUAUUCUGGUUGAAUCUGAGGAAUAUUUAGUUGUUCUUUGCUUCUGUAAUGACGUGUAAAUUGCACUGUGCUGUACUGGUUUCCAUACUGCGAUAUUGCGACCAUCCCAUUCAACCCAGGAGAUGCUGUUUAGUUUCUUAUCAUCAUAGGAUCGUGCUGUUAUUGCUCACCAGUGAUUCCUGGGAAGAGCUGUACCAAUGUACCUCCACAAAUGAGGAACCGCUUGAGGCUGAUGUAAUAACUUCAUAAAAACAUCACUGUAAGCUACGCUUAGACUGCUGGGACUGGAUUUAUGCUGCCUCCACGUGUAGCUGGGACAUAUUUAUAUGAACUAUUAGGGAUACAUUUAUCUUUCUGUGACAUGAACUUGAAAAUCUGUCAAACAUCAGUGCCACAGCUUUUUAACCACUACUGCAUGUCAUAGUUUUCAGUCUAUGCUCUUUUUUUAUUGCACUGGUCUCUGAUAUAUUCUUGGUGGUGUUGUGCCUUCUAUGCGCUGUCCCUCACUGAGAUGUUUUUGGACUUGCAGUUAAGUUGGAAUUUUUUUUUUAAAGAAGACCUAAUUUAUACAUUGAAUGUUGUGCUUUUUAUUCUUCAGAUGCUCCAUGAAUAAAUGUGUGUGUUGCUAUACA